AAAUGGAGCACAUAGUUGAAUUUCCUAUGAAAUAGCAUCACAGUAUCCAGGGAAACAACAUCUUUCUUGUAUGAUUGCAUACGAUCAGCCUCAAAAAAUUUAAAGAUCUACAUAUGAGUAGUUAGAAAGAUUAGAAAACAAGAAUGGCUGUUUAUUUUGACCAUCGGUUAAAGACCGAUGCUCAGGGGAUUAAUACUGAUGUAUCAUGGUAUAGUGGUUCUCCUCAUCUGGCUGUUAAUACUUACAGUGAUGCUUCAGGUGGUGCUGUCCAUCUGUAUAUGGAAGAGGGAGAACAGUUACUUAAUGUUGCGCUUCAGAGAAGUUGUCAAGCCACAUCCAGUGCAUGGCAUCCUAACAAAAAGAUCAUAGCAGUUGGCUGGGAUAAUGGAGAACUACUUAUUUGGAAUAGUGCUGAUGGAGAAUUGUUUGAGGGAUUACCUCUACAUAAAACCCCCAUUACUGUGCUGGAAUGGAGUAGUAAUGGUACUCGCUUGACUUCUGGAGAUAAGUCAGGAGUAGUUAUGGUAUGGAAAGCUGACAGUAAAGGUAGAUUGCAACAGAAUCCCCUCCACCAACAUCAUGUUCAGGAACCAUUAAACAAGAUCUUAUGUAAACCAAUACCACCACAAGAUCCAGCCACAGAUAUAAGUCAGCUAGCCAAGGCUGCAGUCAGUGGUGAUGAGAGUGCUUUGGAUAUGUUCAACUGGAAGAAGAGCGGAAAAAGUAAUAGUAUUAAAAUGGGAGGCUCUCCCUUUGGUUCCUCAGAAAGUAUGACAUUCUACUUAGGUGGUGCUUCAGGUGGUGUUUAUUUUGUUGGAGAAUCUGGACAGUGUACACAGAUAUUCACAGCUGAUGGACCUAUAUUAAAACUUUUGUUUUAUGAAGAGAAGAAUGUCUUAAUCACUGUUACAGAGAAUCUGAUUCUAACACAACAUGCAAUUCUACCAGAAGGGGAUGCAAAAGAAAUACUUAAAGUGAAGAUGUCUGGCAAGGGAGAUAACCCAACAGUUAUAUGGGCUGGGAAAGGCAUACUGGCAACAGCUACUGGUGAAGGAGCAGUCAGAAUGUGGGAUUUAGAUAAUGAAGAUAAUUACAUCUUAUCACUAGAUGGACACAACAGCUAUGAUCCAAAUGAAAAUGUUAUGUGUAUUUCAUAUAGUCAGGAGAAAGGAAUGCUGGCUGGAGGUACUAAUAUGGGUGACAUAGCCUUAUGGAAAUGGUCGCCACCUAUUGGUGGAAAGAAAGUUGAGGGGGAACAAAAGUGGAAGUUACAGGCACCAGCAACUGUAGAAGGUUCUAUAAGACAAGUAGAGUGGGGAUCCAGCAAGAACCUCCUAGCAGUAAACACAAUAGCCAAUGUAUUUAUGUUGAGUGAACAUACCAUGAGUUCUGGCUAUAAAGAUCAGACGGCUGUUGUACAGUACGGUCCUAGUUCUUUAUCGGUAGAGAUGUUUGCUACAGGACAGCACCAUGAUCUAAAAACAGAAAUACAGGUCAAAGGCAUCUACACAACAAAGGAUGCCUUGGCUUUGUGGAAUGGUAGAAGAGUAAUUACAUAUGACUAUGCUCAAGACAAAGCAUCAAUAAAAGCUGCAGGAACAUUUACAACUGAAGCUAUGGAGGUUUGCUUAUAUGAGCAAAAUGUGUAUUGCAUAGAACCAGGGAAAGUACAAGUUAGAACUCAUCAGGGAACCGUAAAACAAGUAUUGAAUUUCAAUGAAGUAGAAGGACAGCCUGCCAGUAUAGAUGUAUGUGCCAACUAUCUGGUUAUAGCUACAAGUAAUGGAAUUGUUAGAGUUUAUGAUCUCUCUAGAAGGGAAGCCAAAGCUCAUAGUCAGCCUAAGAACCUCAGUGAAGUGAUACCAGGGUUUGGUGGUAUUGUCUCAUGUAAAUGUAACUGUAAUGGGACAAAAGUCAGUCUCAUGGUCAGGAUGCAUGAUGGCCAUGUGGAUCCCAAGUUAUAUUUCUGGGAUGUAGAGACAGAUACAGUGACUUUCUUUAACUUUGAGUCAGGAAGAGGGGAACAGGAUGAUUAUCCACCAGAACAGAUAGAAGGGUUAGAGGUUGAUACAAAUGAUGCUGAAAGAGGGAAAACCCAAGCUGCUAAAGAUAUAGCAGGUAGAACUCCCAUAUCUCAUCACUGGGAUCAUACAGAACCAAAGUUAAUUAUAUGUCAGGCUCAAGUACUGGCUAGUGCUUUUGAGAAGAAAGAGAAGGAAGAGAAGAAGACUCACUCACUGUCUAAAUCAAUGGAUGAAGGACCUGUUGAAGUUAUGAUUGUUUCGUUAUUCUCUACCCCUGAGAAUGGAACAUUGAUACAGGAUAGUUUCCCAAUGCCAGAACAGUUCCAAGCGUUACUUGGUGUAGAAGUGCCAUAUUACUACUUUGUUAAAAAGGAAUCAACUUUUACAAAAAUUAAUUCUGAAACAUUGAAGAAGGAUGAGGAACUCCCAGAGAAUGUAGUCAAGGCUGAGGGAGCUUCUCCAAGAUUAGUAGCUAGAAAAACCAUGAGAGAUUUUGUUGGCUUAGAAAAGAGUGAUAAGAAUACAAAAGAUGCUAUGUUAAACUUUAGUUUCUAUUUAACAAUAGGAAAUAUGGAUGAGGCAUUUAAAGCAAUUAAAUUAAUAAAAAGUGAAUCAGUGUGGGAGAAUAUGGCCAAGAUGUGUGUAAAGAGUAGAAGACUUGAUGUUGCUAGUGUAUGUCUGGGUAACAUGGGUAAUGCUAGAGGUGCUAAAGCUCUGAGAGAAGCAAUGAAAGAACCAGAAUUAGAUGCCAAGGUAGCAGUUCUAGCCAUGCAGCUAGGAUUAAAGGAGGAUGCUGAAAGGUUACUGAAGAACUGUAAAAGAUAUGAUUUGUUAAAUGAAUUUUAUCAGUCAACAGGGCAGUGGAAAAAGGCUUUGGAAACAGCAGAAACCUAUGAUAGGAUACAUCUCCGUACAACAUAUUAUAACUAUGCCAAGCAUCUAGAAACAAAUGGAGAAUUAUCUGAAGCUAUACCAAAUUUUGAGAAAUCUGAUACACAUAGAUUUGAAGUCCCAAGAAUGUUAUUUGAGGAACCAGAUGCCUUGGAACAAUAUAUUAGUCGACAUAAAGACAGGGCCCUACACAAAUGGUGGGCACAGUACAUGGAGAGUACAGGUGAAAUGGAAACUGCCCUGCAGUAUUAUGAGAAUGCCCAGGACUACCUUUCUCUAGUCAGAGUCUAUUGUUACUGUGGAAAUAUGGAAAAAGCUGCAGAAAUCUGUAAUGAAACAGGGGACAAAGCUGCCUGUUACCAUCUAGGUAGACAGUUUGAAAACCAGGACCAGAUCAAAGAAGCCAUACAUUUCUUCCAGAGAGCACAGGCAUUUGGUAAUGCUAUCAGGUUAUGCAAGGAACAUGGAUAUGAAGAUCAGUUGAUGAAUCUGGCAUUGUUAGGACGACCUGAGGACAUGAUGGAGGCAGCUCGGUAUUAUGAACAGAAACAUGGAUCACAGGACAAAGCAGUUAUGUUGUACCACAAGGCUGGAAACUUUUCCAAAGCUUUGGACCUUUCAUUCAGAGCUAAACAAUUUGGUGCACUACAGCUGAUAUCAGGAGAGCUUGAUGAGAGAGCAGAUCCAGAACUUCUACAGAGGUGUGGUGAUUUCUUCUUAGAGAAUGGACAAUAUGAUAAAGCUGUGGACUUGUUAGCUAUUGGCAAGAAAUAUUGGGAAGCUCUAAAGAUAUGUAUGGACCAGCAUGUUGAGAUAAAUGAGGACUUAGCAGAGAAGUUAACCCCAGAUAAAGAUGAAGCUGGUAUUGAUACUAUGGAGAGAAUCAAGAUUCUAGAAGCUAUAGCUGAAGUCUGUAUGCAUCAAGGAGGAUACCAUCUGGCUACAAAGAAAUUCACUCAGGCUGGAAACAAAAUCAAGGCAAUGAAAGCCUUGCUGAAGUCAGGUGACACAGAGAAGAUAGUAUUCUUUGCUGGCGUGUCCCGACAGAAGGAGAUUUAUGUAAUGGCUGCUAACUACUUACAGUCCCUAGACUGGAGAAAGGACCCAGAGAUCAUGAAGAAUAUCAUUGGAUUCUACACCAAAGGCAGAGCUCUUGACUCAUUAGCAGGAUUUUAUGAUGCUUGUGCUAUGGUUGAGAUAGAUGAGUAUCAGAACUAUGAUAAAGCCCUUGGUGCAUUAGGAGAGGCAUAUAAAUGUUUAAGUAAAGCUAAGAUGACUGAUGAAAUAAUGCAGGAAGAGAAACUCUCUCAUCUUAAAAACAAAAUGGCUUUGAUCAAAAAAUUUGUAACUGCAAGAAGAGCCUAUCAAGACAACCCAGAAGAAGCUGUGAAGCAGUGCCAAGUAUUACUGGAGGAACAAAGCUUAGAUACUGCAGUCAGAGUAGGAGAUGUCUACGGACUAAUGAUUGAACAUUAUGCUAGACGUGAGCGAUGGAAGGCUGCCCAAGCUGCUAUGGAAGAGAUGAGAAUGAGAAUUCCAAGUGUUAAUAUGGCUUACUAUGUCAAUAUUAGGACAAUAGAAGCUGUUUAUCGUGCACUAGAUAUGCCCUUACCAAAGACAAUUACUAGUACGGCAAUCAAUGGGUACGGAGGGGGAGAAGAAGACGGAGAAAUUGUUGAGGAAGAAGUAGUAGAUCAAAUAAACUAUGGUGAUGAUGUAUGAUUUAGGUGUAUGUUUUUAAUUAUUUAUUAUCAUGUUCUGGCUGGAAAUUGUUGUAACAAAUUGAAGAAUAAACCAAUGGUCAGCACUAUCUGAUGUAUCGUGCCUUGUCAUAAGUUCAAUUUAACAAUCUGAAGAUACAUCAUAUAACAUUCUUGUUGAUCUUUUAAGCAUAACACUUAGAAUGGUUGUAUCUGGAAUAAAUAUCCAAAGUUUAUGUAUACUGUGAUAGUUGAUAUUAUGUGAAGGAUUUAAACAAUACAUGUUACUUUUUUAUAUUUUUUUUGUACAUGAAAAUGUUUAUUAUGAAUUUGACAACCAUGUACCAUAGGCAACAUCUUCAAACUAUUUAAACUGAGCAGUUUGAAGAUAAGAACAUUGCAUACCACUUUGGAUUCUUUGCUAUUCAAGAGUCAUGAUUGUUUUGUGGAUUUUGUUGAUAAGUAAGAACAAUUUAAGUGUUGAAAAAUAAAACACAAAUUACCUAUUGGUUUGUAAGCAGAAUACACCAAAACCAGGAAAUCCAGCAUUCACAACUUUACUAUUUUUUUUAAAUUUUUGGUACUCAUGAAAAAAAAUUAAUCUAAGCUUACAAUAAUGUAAAAUAACAUGGUAUUUAAGAUAUAAUUAUUCAAAACAUAUGAUUUUACCAAAAAAUAAGAAAAAAUGAAAAUGUGUUAUAUAACAUUUAGGACCACAUAUCUAUUGAUUUGUAUGUAUUAACUUGAUGUAUCUAUUUACAUUCCAAUAUGCGUUAUUUAUAUUUUGCAUUAUACUUAAAUAUUUUAUUUUGAAACAUCAUUAUAUAUUUUGUUUAUGGUAUUGUAAAUUUGUUUUUUAAUAGAUUCUUGGUACAUAGAGAGUAAACUAUCAUUUAAAGAUUUGAGCUUUUUCUAUUCAUCCAUGGGCAAAAAUUACAUCAGCCAUAUUUAUGGAGUGUUGUCUUUGGAACACUGUAGCACAUAUCAUUCAAUGUUGAAUAAAUUUAAACAGCAAAUCACCAAAUAGUACACCUUGAAAUCUUUGCUUACUGCCUUCUGAGAUGAAUUGUCAAGAAAUAUAUCUAUUUUUUAUAUUGAUAAAAAAUAUUUGUUCUUUAACCUGAGAGAAUGCUGUCUAUCUAACCUGUUGUCACAGCUGUUGAAAUGUAUUGCACUGCUUGUAUAAUAUAGUGUAUGAAUGAUUUUUAUUUGAAUUGUGGUUGACUUUUAUACUGAAUGAUAGAGGUUUGAUAUUGGUACUAGGUCUCUGCUAAGAUUAAAAAAAACUGAUGUUUUUCAAUGUACAUCAUAUAAUUCAUAUAAUAGAUUGUUUUUGUGUGAAUUAUAGUAAGACAUUUGUAAAGAUGACAUUUGCUUAUAGCUUAUUUGUAUAUUUUUCUAGUGCUAUGAGUGUUUCAUUUUUGUGUGCAUUUCUUUAUUGUGAUCAGCUGAAGUGAGUUGAAAGCUUAGAAAUCCAGAAAAAGUCAUUGAGGCUGUGUUCAACUCUGCUCAUAUCAUAGUUAAGAUUUUAUUAACAUUAGAUCUGCUUUGUUUAUGUUUAGACGUUUUUUUUGUAAUUAUAAGAUAAGGGUACAUUGUAGAUGUUAUAAUAUAACAAGAUAAAAAUGACAAGAAAUCAUUCAAGUGUUUUCAGUGUGGUAAUUAAACUUUAGAAAUUCUGGAAUUUCAGAAUAUGUUAUGUUUUACAUGUAGAGGUUCUUAAAUCACCAAAUAGAAAUUAUAAAUUUGGUAUUUUUCAUAUUUCUUCAGACUGUAUCUCACCCUGUAAAAUGUCAUUUACCAAGAUUGGUACUAAUAUUAAUGUUCUACAGAUUCUUUAAAAAAAAUCAACUAUAAACAACAUGAGGCACUGUACCUUGUUUCGAAAUAAAAACAUGGGAUUUGAAACUUUUCUAUUGGAGAAAAAUUAUUCUUUCAUUAGUUAAUUUAGCAAAAUAUGAUCUGUAGAAAAUAAUUACUUCUUGAAUGAUAUUUUAAUUUGUUUAUCAAUCCAUUUCAGUCAAAUUAAAAGUAAUUGGGAUACCUGUUUCAUUUUGUUUUGGUAUUGGAAAAUAGUUUAUAAUUUGGGUUCCAGUUUUAUUAUCUGCCCUUGAAAUUAAAAAAAACUGUGUAGUUAUUUCCCUUUGAUAAAUCACAGAUUUUUUUAAAAACUUGUUUAAAAGAUAAUACUUGUUUUGUUUCUUUGAACAAAAAAUGUCAUGGAUAAUAUAAAAUGUUUUUAGCAGGUUCACUUCCAUUUAAAUGAUGAUAAAUUCACAGAUUUAUCAGCAGACCUGUUAAUAAAAUAGGCACCUAAAGCGCAUGUGCAAGUUGAUCAAAGAGAGAAUCUACAUUUGAGUGAUUGGUAGAAUUAUUAAUUGCUAUUAGAAUAUGUGAUACUAAUGAAUUCAACAUUUUUGUAUUGAAGAAACCAAAUUCAUUAAUUUUAUAUCAGAAUUUAUGACUUACAGUAAGUGUUUGCUCAUGCUAUUUUCAGUUUUAAAACAAAUUUAGUAUAAAGUCAUUAAUUAACUUUGUGUAAUAAUGUACAUAAACGUCAUUUAAAUUAUAGAAUAGACUUGUUUUAAGAUGGUGUUAGGGUUAACUGACUCAGAGCUGAACACUUACAUUUUGGAUACUGCGAUAAGUUAAAAUUUAUGUAAAUUUGACAAUACUAAAAUUUUUAGUAAAAAGUGAAGGCUUUUGUUAUUCAUAUUCAUCUAAAGUUCAAGUUACGCUUCAAUCUCUUUCUUAUAUCAAGAUCUGGUCUGGGUAAAGGUUAGUUAACCCAACCUGUAUAAAUGUUUGAAAUAUUUAGAAGUUUUGUAAUCAUUUAUUUUGGUGUAAACAGAUAGAUAUACAUUUAUUAUUACACAAUUGUUGUUUUUUAUUUUAAAGAAAAUUCAAUUGUGAAUAUGUUAUUCCAAAUAUUUUUUUAUGAACCUAUAUUUUAGCCUGUAAGACUGUCAACUACAUUGUUUCCACAGACAGUGCUAUUAUCAAAUUGUUUUACUUCCGUCCUGAAGUGUCUGUGAUAUAACACUUUGUACUAGGUUCACUAUUGCUAUAGGUAUAACAUUUAAGAUGUCAGACACCUUCUUUAGUUGUGACCUGUUGUAUUUUUACAAUGAUCCAUUAAAUUUUAAAGUCUAUUCAAUUUUUGUUGAAUUCACCUCUUCGAUUUUUUUAUUUUUUAUUUGUCAUUUAUUUAUAUCCAUCUUGAAAUAUUUGAAUACCAUAAACUACAUGUAAACAUAUCACGAUCUGACCCUACUAAACUUUCUAGAAAUUGUCAUAACCAAAUCUAUAUACCUUAAAUAUAAACUUACAUAGAUUGUCAAUUUAAGGAAGAGUUGUGAUAAAUUCAACUAUUUAGAUGUGAAAAUAAAAAAUGAUUAAACACUUAUUCCUGAAACAGCCCUAAGACCAAUGAGAAAAUAUAAAUAUUGAUAUCCAAAAGAAUAUUCAUAAUUUAUGAACCAAUAACAAUGCUAUGUGAAAGAUUAUACAAUCUUUAAUCUUCGAAUUUAAUUGGACCAAAACCGGCACUUAUCACAAAUUCUCCUUUAAACAACUGUCAAUGGAAUUCCAUUGCACACACUGAUGUGCACCAAUAUGUGCUUUUUCUUAAAUUAAUGUUAUUGAACAAACAUAUCCUUCACUCUGUCAACUAAACCGUAAAUGUCUGUUUUGUUUUAAGCACAUGGCCUGUUGCGACAAAUGCAGGUAACCAAAGACUUUCUUGUAAUUUUUCAAAUUGUAUCUAUUGACAACUUAAAAAUAAAUCUCAUACCAUUAAUUUUGAAAUGGUUUUUAAAUCAAAAAUCUAUGAUGGCUAGUACUAAUAUUCAUCACUAAAAGUUAAAGAGAUACUUAACUAGGACAUGUUCAUUAAAGCUCCAUCAAAAUUUGCUGCAUAAUUAAAUUGGACAUUCAUAUAUUUUUCUGGAAUAAUCAAACUUGAUUUUUUUAAUAUAAUAUUAUUCAUGGCAGAUUUUGUAAAGAUUUCAUCCUAUAUUUAACUAUGGUUGUACAAAUUAUAAGUAUGAAUUAUUGAAUUAUAUCAAAAUGAAUCUCUAGAAACUUAUUAUCUUACUGUAUGGCAUAUUAAUUUGUCUAACAAUGUUGUGUUUACCAUAUGACAAAUUAAUUUGUCUUACAAUGUGGUGUGUUUAAUUUUAUGUUUUUUGAAUGUACUGUUUUCUAAUUGUUUUGACUAAGUGGUAUUUAUGUUUACAUUUUCUAUGCACUCAUAUUAUUGUUGAUGGUUGUGAUAAAGAAAAAUGAAAGUAAUAGAAAAUUGAUGUUUCCGUCCACAAUAAUUUCUGAUCUUCUCCAUGAAAAAUAAAAUACUAUGAAAACAC